AUGAGAUCUCCAGUACAAGGACGACCAUUGAUAUUGUACACGGCUUCCAGUGAUGUUACUAUUGGGGAAAUGCUAGCUCAAGAAGAUGAAGAAGGCGUUGAACAUCCAAUCUACUAUUACAUCCGAACCAUAAAAGAUGCUCAACUCAGAUACCGGAAAUCUGAAAUAACGUGCCUGGCAUUAGCUCAUGCAAUGCAGAGAUUCGGACAUUAUUUGUUAUCUAACAGGGUCGUGCUUGUCUCCAAAGCUGAUCCCAUCAAGUUUUUACUCUUGAAACUUGCUUUGAUAGGAAGACCUGCAAAAUGGCUUCUUCAGAUGUCAGAGUUCGACAUAGUAUGUGUUUCUCCCAAAGCAAUCAAAGGUCAAGCGGUAGCAGAUCUACUGGAUGCCUUUCCAGGGGAAGAUUCCACGACACUACAGAACGAUGUACCAGGUGAAUUCCCAGAAAUUUCAGUCGUCAAGGAAGAAACGUGGUUGUUGUACUUUGAUGGAUCUGCUACUCCUAGCAACGAUACUGGAGGAGCGGGAUUAUCCUUAGCUAAACAGGAAGGAGCGAUGCACCUGGAGAUCAGACGAUAUUCAAAACUGUUGGUCAAUCAAAUGAAUGGGACAUACUCUCUCAAGGAGAUAACGCUUGCUCCAUUCAGGGCUGAGGCGCAGCGACUCUUAACUCAUGUCGCCGAUGCGACUAUCACUCAUACUUUCCGGACCAAUAAUAGACAUGUUGAUUGCUUGGAAACCCUCGCCUCCAAGCUGCAAUUCGAAGGAUCAGAGAAAGAUAUCAUAGUGCAAAGACGAGCCGUAUCAUCCACAUGGCUUAGUCAAACUGAAGAUGCUCAAGCAAACGACUGGAGAGCACCUAUUAUUCAUGAAUUGAGCAGUUCCGUUGCAGAAGGAGCAGUUAUCCUUAAAGAUCUAAAGAACUUCUUCUUGCUCCACGGGGCCUUGUACCAUCGCAUCCCUGAUGCCUCUCUAUCAUGGUGCCUUGGCGAUGAAGAAGAAAAGGAAAAGCUCGAAAGUGUGCAUCAAGAAGUAUGUGGACAAACGCUAGUGAUAACACUUUAUAGAAGACUUCAAAGACUCGGGUAUUACUGGCCAUCCAUGGAAGCACAGUUAAGAACUUUGCAGGGAUCUUGUCCUCAUUGUCAGACACCUCCUCAUCAUUUAGAGGCCUUGACACUUCAUCACACUGGGGACUGGAGACAGCCUUAUAUUGAAUACCUUCGAGACAACAAAUCACCACCUAGAAAGAAAGAUGCAAUAAAACUUACUCAGAAAGCUAAGAGAUUUAACUGCACCAAGGAGCUCAAUUGGAACAUCACCGUAUUCGCUCGUCUAUGGGGCUGA